AUGGUGACGGACUCUGCUAGGGCCCUACAAUGGACCAGACAACUCUAUUAUGAAAAAUCUAACAUGGCAGAUACUCUUCUGGCCCCUAAGCUCAAAUGCAGAGCCACUCACAAACGUAUAGACAAAAUAAAAUCCCCAGACGGACAAAAACAAGAUGCACCACAACGCAUAGCGGAUGUGUUCCAAGGAUUCUUCUCCUCCCUAUACGACCACAGCCCACAGAUCCACCAAAACCCCAACCUGCUAACUGCGCAAAUCAACCGAUACCUCAACCGAUACCUCACCUCGGUCAACCAGCCCUCUUUACCCUCCAAAGAUGCUAACAAACUGAUCAUACCG